AUGAUGUGGAAUAUUACAAGGGAUGAUGGCGAUUUUCUAGUUUAUUUUCCAUCGAGAUUAGUUAAUCAUGAUUGUGAAAUUCUUUCAAGAAAAUUAUUCUUGAAAUCGAAUAAUGAUGAAUACAGAGAUGAGGAUGAAAUGAUCUUGAUUCAUGGAUACAAACAGGGAACAGACAAUUUAAUAAUAUUUUCAAAAGAAUUGGUUGAUAAGACAAGACAAGUUAACGAAACAAUUCACAUUUCUCAAAUCAUUGAUUUAAAACUAGCUCAUUUAGAUUCUUCACACAGUAUUUUACGAAAGAUAUUAUUGAAGAUGUGGGAAAACUCUCCUCACAAGAGGUUGUAUCAGUCAUUGGAUAUGAUCGUAAAGCAGGAAAUUACCUAUCCUAAUAAGAAAUUAACUUUUCAAGUUAUGCAAUUGAAUAGAAUGCAAAAGAAGAUAGUUUUAGAUUUUCCAGAAGUAGGACUCCACUCAGCACAAGUCAACCUUCAGGUUAGACCAUUCAAAAUCAGCUAUGUAUUUUCAAAUCAAAGUCUGUGGAUCUCAUUUAAAAUCUUAAUCAGAGAAUUGAUAAUUGUUGCCAUGAUGCUCAUUUACAUUUGGUUUAGAACUAAAUUAUCUUGGAAUGGAAAUUCUUAUUCAUGGUUCGAAUGUACUAUUCGAUCUAUUCAGGCUCUUUAUGUGAAUUCUGAUUUUUCCUUCCUUUCAGUGAUACAAAUGAUAUUCUACGCCAUGGUUUAUUUGUUCAUUUUUAUUUUCGGAGGAAAAUAUGAACGUGCAAUCUCUACAAUUAGUAUGGGGUAUUUUUUCAUAGCUCAGGCACAUCUUGGACUAUUGGAGGAAUCACAAUCUAACAUUGUACAAGUUGUGAAUGCUUCGUUUGAGCUUAUUCAUAUUACACAUUUGGCUAAAUUGCUGGUACAAAACAUACAGGGAGGGAUAGUUAAAAGAUGCAGGUUUUGGAUCAAGUCUGUUUUGGAUAAAUUUUGGCAUGCAUCUGAAUAG